AUGCGUCUCCCCAACGCAGUUUUGCUAUCUGCAGCCAUCGCCUUGGCGUCAUACUUGGAAACACUACAAGUCCAUGCGCUCGGCGGUGACGAGGCGGAUGCCUUUGUCGGUCGCUCACUCCGGUCCGACACGACAUCGGGCACUCAUAACGAAGAAAGAUUUAUACCCGAGGUGAUGGCAUCGUUAAAGCGCUUUCGUGUGAAGUUGAGUUCGGCGCAUACGGCUGCUGGGACAGCUAAGAAGGCUCUGUCGGAUGAUACGGCUAUUGUCAAUCAAAAGAUUUGGCGAGCGCUUAAGGAUUUAAACGACCAUCUCGGGGACCUGAUGAAGCAGGAGAAGAUCAGCAGCGUCGGCGAACUUUUAAACCAUCCAGCGGUGUACCGAUCGUUAAAAGAGGCUGUUCAAUCAAGAAAUAAGAAGGAAGGCAACAAGAUUUCUGUACGUCCGAUUCAAGUCCUCUUGCAGCGCUUCGAGGUCAAAGAGAUAAAACCAGCUAUCAAAAAAGCUGUUGAGAGUUCUGAUAACAACGUGAAGACUUUAGGCAAAGAGCUGAAAAAUCGCUUUGAGACCGAACUAAAGAUUAUACGCAUGUCGAAGGAUUUUAUUCAAAAGCCAAAGAUAGCUAAAUGA